UAUAUUAACCAUAAUUUUAAUAUUAUUGAUUUUUUGCCCUCAUGUUGAAGCAUUUUGAGAUUUUCAUAGUCAUUUUGCAGGCUUAAGAUGGCCAGUGUGUCAAGCUGUAAUUCAACCAUAAGAAAUAAUGCUGCUGGUUCCAGCAUGUUGCAUCCUACUAAUAAUGUGAUAGAAGAUAAUCCUGCUUCAAAUGAAAACCCACCCACUGGGUCUAUCAAGAGGAAAUUUGAAGAACCUCUGGGAUCGAUUGUUGCUGGCCACUACAACAAUUUGGAAGAGAAAGGACUGUCGGCUCGCAAUGAAAGUCGUAUCCUAUAUAUGAGAAAUUUCAACAAUUGGAUCAAGAGUUACCUUAUAAAUAAAUUUAUGAACAUGGUUAGAGAAAAUUUCCACACUCAUUCCUUGGCUGCAGUUGAUUUGGGUUGUGGCAAAGGAGGCGAUCUUCUCAAGUGGACAAAGGCCAAUAUUGGGCACCUGAUAUGUGUGGACAUCGCUGAGACCUCAGUAAGACAGUGCAAAGAGCGCUAUGAGUUCAACAAACAGAAGAGGUUUGGAGCACCCAGGUUCUCAGCGGAAUUCAUUGUGGCAGACUGUACAAAGGUGUGCUUCCAGUCUUUACUUGGUGAUCCCACUCGUAGGGUACAUAUAGUUUCCUGUCAGUUUGCCUUCCACUACUGCUUCGAGUCGCUGCAACAAGCUGAAACUAUGGUCAAAAAUGCCGCCUCCAAUCUCGCCACUGGUGGAUUUUUUUUGCUCACGAUACCUGAUGCCAAUUACAUAAUGAAAAAGUUAUCAUCUGAAAAAAGCAAUGCUUUUGGGAAUGAAGUUUUUCGAAUUGAAUUCCCCGAUGAUCGACCAGAGGUGCCUCUGUUGUUCGGGGAUCGCUACCAAUUUUUCUUGGAAGGCGCGGUCGACUGUCCAGAGUUCCUUGUUCACCAACCUACAUUAAAGAGACUGUGCCUGAAGUAUGGCUUGGAAUGCGUAUACCAGAAAAGAUUCUCCGACGUCUACAAGGAUGCCAUGCAGGACGAGCAGAGCCGCAUGCUGCUGCAGAAGAUGAGUGCUCUCGAGCCAUACCCCAGCCCCUCCGGCACCCAGAGCAGCAGCAACUCUCAGGAAUACGUGGCAGCUUGCGAACAUCUUAAGCAGCAGCAGAGCGACUCGAACGUCAGACCUUGCACCCUCACACUCUCUGCCUCCGAGUGGCAGGCUACCAAUAUAUACACGGCUUUGGCGUUCAAGAAGAUUGAGCUUCCUUGCCAGUGACGUCUCCACUGUCGUCUGUUGUCCAUUAAACUUAACUAUUUUUUAGCUAAUUGUAACUAUCGUCUCUGAUUAAUCUCACUUCGUACGUUACCUUAUAACACGAGUAAAUGAUGACGUACGUGAACUAUGUUUAUCAACAAUGUUGAUUCGUGACAAUUUGGAUCCAACAAAUAUGUAUUUAAACAUGCUUUUGAUGUUUAAAAAAAAUGAUCAUUUG